UGGAGAACGACUGCGCCUUGUUAAGCUGUAUCGGCCAUAGUUUGCUGGAAUAGGAGAGUAUUCGCACACUUGCUUUCACACUCCUUCAAGAACGAGUGUCGCUGUUUGAUCGACCCCACUUCCUUCCAAGACAAGCUAGUGUUUAGCUCCCGUAAGAGCUCGCUGUUGCCUCCACCGUUAAGACGUGUUCACUCCAGUGACCUUUACAGACAAAGUUUGCCUCGUGAACAUUGCUCAACCACAUGGUCGAACUUCUCAGUAUGGCGAACUACGAUCUAAACAACUAUCUAAGACAGAUGGAGAGCUUUCGAGCUGCUGAUCAUGCCAGAGAAAACCUUGUUAACGAACUCAUUGAAAAGUUUUCAGGCCUGUUACGAGAACAUGCUGAGUUGAAGAGCGACUACCUUAGCGAAAGAGACAACAGAAGGAACUAUCAGUCUAGGGUCGAGGAGGUGCACAGAGCUAUGAGUGAGCACGAGCAUCAACUGGACUCUAGCUCGUUUGUUCUGGCUCUCAUCGAUGGAGACGGCGCUAUUUUCCAAGAUGCCUUGCUCCAGGCGGCUGGUGGUGAUGGUGGUUCAGAAGCUGCUUCUCGCCUCUACCAUGCUAUCCACAACCACAUUUCGUCUCUAUACAGCAACUCCGGAAAGUGGCCAGUCAUGGCUCAGAUCUACCUGAGUCUCGAUAAGCUCGCUAUCAAGCUUCAACAAGUCGGACUUCUGCGUCAUCCGCAGGAGCUCCGGACUUUCGCUCAGCGCUUCAGCGUCAACCAGCCCCUAUUUAGUAUUGUCGAUGUCGGUCAAGGCAAAGAACGAGCCGACCACAAGAUUAAAGAAAUGCUGCGCACCUUUAGUGACAACCCCACCUGCCGCCACAUCAUCUUUGGCGGUUGUCACGAUGCCGGCUACCUCCUAAAUCUUGAUCAAUUCAAACACAACGAAGCUAAAGCAAGCCGUAUCACUUUGAUGGAAUCUACUCCUGCCUACAGAGGAUUCGCCGAGUUGCCCAACUUCAAACGUGCCAACUUCGAUGAUGUGUUCAGGAACGAGCCUCUACCAGACUCCGCUCCCGCCAUCAAUACUACCGUAACUGCGGCGCACAUCCCACCACCGUCAGCGCAAUCUCCCAUAAUUAUGCGCUCGUUGACAAACAGGACGCCUCCCGCAGCGUCUGUGUUGCCAGCGGUUGUAAGCCCCUCUCCCAGCACACCAGCGCCUUCUGUAUCGGCGACCGAGUCAAGUGAGGAUUCUACUUGGGCUAGCGUUGGCAAGACGGGCACUGAGCGUACCAACAGCAUCUCUAUCGCAUCGACUACCAACUCGAAAGCAAACACAAAAAAGAAAUACGCCUAUUACAACAAGAGUGAGCAAAGGCUUGACGAGCCACUCCCAGCUCGCGACCGUGCAUCCGCAGAGGCUCUGGAUGCUCGGAUGAAGAAGAACGGCAAGAAGAUGUGCAAUAACUUUCAUCUGGGUGGUUCAUGCAUGCAGGGCAAAUUCUGUCACUUCCAGCAUGAGCCUAAACUCAGCGCGGGCGAGCUGACCACUUUGCGUUACAAGGCUCGAAGCUUAGCUUGCAAUAACAGGUACUGUGAGGAUAUCGAUUGCUACCUGGGUCACCAGUGCGCCAACGAACGUGACUUUGGCAACUGCCGCUACGAGAACACCUGCCACCUGCGCGCCACGCAUGGUAUGGAUAGAGAGAAGUACGUGAGGGUCGAUAGGAACGGGAACGAAGAGUACUCCCCAUGAGUAUCACUCCUGAUCAACAGGAAGAGAUAAAAGGCAAUGAUGUAGCGCUUUCAGUUGUUAUCUAUGUUGAGCGUGGUUACUGUUCGCACUCAGAA